GCCGGUCAGAUCGGUUGGUGGAAAAUCUGUAAGAACAUACGAAAAGAGAAAAAAAAAACAGUUCAAGCACGAUCCGUGAAGUGCAACCGUGUCGCCGCGUCGUGUUGUCAUUGGACCGGCGGCGGUGUGCGAUCAUCUAGCUAGGAAACGCUCACGGUGAACCAGAAGAAGUCCCAGUCUUGCCGUGAAUUCCGCCGUCGUUAAACGUGUGUUCCCUGUGCGUCGGGAUAUUGUCACUAGAGUCGAGUUCUAUCUGAUCGGCGGAAAAAGUUGUGAAACGUGAUCACGACCUUUCCGUCUGGGCGGGGGUGGCGUGCAAAAUCCGCCGUUUGGGUCAACGAGAUGCGAAGUGACGUUGCCGAGCCUAGUGCCGCUGGUGUUUUGAUUGGCAGUGGUGAUCAGCGAACCAUGACCAAGUUCAACAGGAAUUUCGGUGGCAACAUUGGGAUGAACGUAGGCAAUCGGAACAAGUUUUUCGGUGCUUCCUCGUGUGGUGAUUCUAAGCCCGGAUACGAGUUUGACCAUAAAGGUGCAAUGGGAAGUGUUGUGGGUUUCGGUGGAGCAAGCGGGGGUGGUUUUUUCGGCUGUGGAUUUGGAACGAGUGCCAGUGCGUUGGGUCAGGGAUUAAGUGCAGAACAGAAGCUCAAACUGAACAUCCAGCAGUUGCAAAUUCGGCAGAGACAACUGCAACUUCACAGUACCAACAGUAGCAACAGUAGCAUUAUCAAUGAGGACGACGAUGACGAUGAUGAUUUCGACGAUAACAGUGCCAGUUCGGCGGAAGAGCACGUGCUAGCUCCGGCGGCAGGGUGUAUGGCUAGUCCGAAUCGGCCCUGUCUGGCCUGGGCCUGUAAGGCUUGCAAAAAGAAAAGUGUUGCUGUAGAUCGACGGAAAGCUGCCACCCUCAGAGAAAGGAGACGGUUAAGGAAGGUGAAUGAAGCCUUCGAAGUGCUGAAGCGACGAACAAGUACAAAUCCCAACCAACGGUUACCGAAGGUGGAAAUACUGCGGAACGCCAUCGAGUACAUCGACAGUUUGCAAGCUUUGCUUGAGGAAACUCCACCCAUCCGCCAAAGUCCGGACAUUCUAACCGACGGCAGUUCGAUAUCCGGCUUUUCGUCACCCCAGGAUUACGUGAAUUGUUGUUCCAACAGCUACCUCCGGGAGCGACUGCAUCAGCUCAGCAAGGACAGCGACCGGUACUCGCCAAUCACAGGCCACACAUCGUCCUCGUCGAGCGCCAAUGGAUCCAGCCUAGACUGCCUAAAUCUGAUCGUGCAAAGUAUUAGCAACGUGAGUUCUCCUUCUGCUUCGUCGCCGCUUCCAUCCGGGGCCACCAGCUCCGCAGCUGCUACUGCUGUCCCGCCGCCUUCGAGUGGCCACAACCUCCACCAUCAUCACCACAACCACGGGUUGCUACCGUACGCCUCACCAUCUUCGUCAUCUUCCUCCUCCUCCUCGUCAUCGUCAUCGUCAGUAGCAUCGGUGUCCCCGCAUCCUCCGCCAGCAACGACGUCGAGGACUCUCGCGUUACCUUAAUAAUCCCGGUGAGGCUUGAAAUGCCAUAGUUCAGCUGAUCCUCUCGUUACCCCCACCCUAAACCACGCAUUGGGAGGAAAUUGGAUACGGAUGGUGCCCUCGAUCGUCCGUUCCCGCAAGCCAAAAACCGAAUCCAAGUGGCCACUAACCCGUGAGGAGAGCUGCUUCUAAUUAAUUGUAAAUAUUCGCAACGUUGAGAUUAAACAAUGCUUUUCGCUGUUUUCGGUCAAAAGAAGCAGCAAGAAAUUGCUGAAAUCUCAUCCAACUCAAACAACCAGUUGGAGUGAAUUUCUAAUAGCUAGGGCAAACGAAAAAUCUACGGGAAGACACCGGCGGAAUUUUCAUAGAUAGAUAAUAUAUCUGGUAGCCGUUAGUUUCGUUCGUUCGUUUCCUGAGCAUUUCAAGCGUUCCUUUUUGGCGCAGGAACGACGACACGCAAGCAUGUAGCAUGUAGCAGAACAGUAUCGCUUUUUCAAGUCAUUAGAAUGCCAAAGAUUACUUUCCUACUAGUAGAACCGCAAUAUAGGACUCAAGCAACCUGGCCCAGAAGUCAGGAGACGAACCGAAGAACCAUAAGGGAAGUUAGGAUUUCGUUGAGCCGGGCCGAUCGGGCCGGUUGAUACGUGUAAGUUAUUUUUAUCGUCUUUUAUUAUAUGGGCCGCAUAUAUGAGCAUUUUAGCAAUAAUCGAGAUGUAUGAUGUGAGGUAUGCGUAUGUUUUUUUUUCUCCCUCAAAUGACGCCAGCGGUCUACGUAGUUGUUACAACUGCGAAAAAGUUGCAUAAAAGAUUAU